CCAUUUGUAAGUCAGAAAUUCAAGGUCGGAAAGGCCAAAAGGUUUAGAGAAGAGAUAAGCCGUUAAAGACUCUCACUCCAGUUUAGAGUGACAGUUGAAAACACAGUCAUAGGAAACCAUGUUCACAUCCACACCUUCUCAACUCACAGCCUUUCACUCUCUCUCCCUACUGCCACCAUUAUCACCACCACAACCAAAUCCAUUACGAGAAACCACCAAGAGAACCAUCCCCACUACAACUAUAUCUGUUUCAGUCAGAAAACUUGGUCUUUCUCCAUUUCGUCUCAGAGUUUCUGCUAAUUCGCAAGCUGCUCCUGCCUCUGCUGAAGCUUCUAAACUGUCCUCUAUACCAUCUGAGAUGAAGGCUUGGGUGUAUGGAGAAUAUGGGGGUGUUGAUGUUUUGAAGUUUGACUCCAAGGUUUCUGUGCCGGAAGUGAAGGAGGACCAGGUUCUGGUCAAGGUUGUUGCUGCUGCGCUUAACCCUGUGGAUUUCAAGAGGCGGCAGGGAAAAUUCAAGGCCACUGAUUCACCUCUUCCGACUGUACCAGGCUAUGAUGUUGCAGGUGUGGUAGUAAAAGUGGGCAGUCAAGUAAAGGAUCUAAAAGUGGGGGAUGAAGUAUAUGGAGAUAUAAAUGAGAAAGCAUUGGACGGGCCUGAGCAAUUUGGUUCUCUUGCAGAGUACACAGCUGUCCAGGAAAAAUUAUUGGCUCCGAAGCCGAAGAAUCUGGAUUUUGUUCAGGCUGCUGGGCUACCACUUGCAAUUGAGACUGCCUAUGAGGGUCUAGAAAGAACUGGGUUUUCUGCUGGUAAAUCUAUUCUUGUUUUGAAUGGUGCGGGUGGAGUUGGAAGCCUAGUAAUUCAGCUAGCCAAGCAAGUAUUUGGUGCCUCAAAAGUUGCGGCAACUUCAAGCACUGGCAAAUUGGAGUUGUUGAAGAGCUUGGGUGUUGAUUUGGCUAUUGAUUACACUAAGGAGAACUUUGAAGAUUUGCCAGAAAAAUUUGAUGUUGUCUAUGAUGCUAUUGGGCAGUGUGAUAAGGCAGUGAAAGUAGUGAAAGAAGGGGGCAGUGUGGUAGCGCUAACUGGCGCGGUCACACCUCCUGGCUUCAGAUUUGUAGUAACUUCAAAUGGAGCUGUUCUGAGGAAACUGAACCCCUAUUUAGAAAGUGGGAAGGUGAAGCCUGUAAUAGACCCCAAGGGGCCAUUCCCAUUCACCAAGGUUGUCGAGGCUUUCUCAUACAUUGAGACAAACCGAGCAACUGGAAAGGUUGUUGUACAUCCAAUUCCAUGAGAAGAAUGAAAAGCGCAAUUUUGCAUUGUAUUAGUUAAAUGUAUACUAAUUUAAAUUAUAGCACAUGAACAUUUUGUGUUGGAGUGCUGAGUGAUCUUUGUCAUUCUCAUUCGGCUUGUUCAUGGCCAAUAAAGGAAUUCCCUUAUAAUGA